UCCCUUACAGGAUGUGUAAAGGAUAAAUGCCAAGCGCCAAAAUGAGCGUGACGUCGUGGUUCUUGGUGAGCAGUACCGGCAUUCGCCACCGGCUCCCUCGGGAGAUGAUAUUUGUUGGCAGAGAUGACUGCGAAUUGAUGCUCCAGUCCCGCAGUGUUGAUAAACAACAUGCUGUAAUCAACUACGACAAGGAGAAGGAUGAGCACUGGGUGAAGGAUCUUGGGAGCUUAAAUGGCACGUUCGUGAAUGACGUGAGGAUUCCUGACCAGAAGUACAUCACCCUAAAACUGAACGAUGUCAUCCGCUUCGGCUACGAUUCAAACAUGUAUGUCCUGGAGCAAAUUCAACACAAGGUCCCGGAAGAAGCGUUAAAGCACGAGAAGUACACGAGCCAGCUGCAGAUGAAUUUCAAGGGCACAGCAGUGAAGAGGGCGGAGCAGUCCUUGGAGCACGGAGUCUACAGUGAGUCCCCGCAAGCCAAGCUGGAGAAAGGAGAGAGGAAAGCAGUUUCAGAGACCAACACUUAUCGCACCCCUCUUUAUGGCCAGCCCUCCUGGUGGGGGGAGGAUGAUGCAAAUAACAAGGAGGACAGAAGACACGAGGAGCACUACUCAGAAAGAUCCAAAGAGAUAACGCAACAUGAAGAGGAGCUGAAUGGAAACAUUUCUGCCUAUAGAGAUUCCCAAGAACAGUCUGUGUUUGCGUUCCGGAGAGAGCCAAGUUACUUUGAGAUCCCAACUAAAGAAUUUCAGCAGCCAUCAAAGUCUCCAGAAACACAGGUCCACGAAAUACCAACAAAGGAUGUUGAUGCAGUAGUGACCCCAGUUGUGCAAAGUCAUGCCUCUUUCACCAUUGAAUUUGACGACUGUACCCCCGGUAAAAUAAAAAUAAAAGAUCAUGUAACUAAAUUUUCGCUCAGACAGAGAAGACCGUUCAGUAAGGACCCUGCUCAUACAGAAGUGAUGUCAGCAGAGAGCAAAGUGGCUGACUGGCUUGUCCAGAAUGAUCCCAGCUUGAUGAGACGACAGUCUCCAGGAGACGAUGUGUUCAGUACAAAGAGUGACCUGCCGGUUCACGUGAGGACGCUUAAAGGCAAUAGGCACGAGGACGGGACGCAGAGCGACUCCGAAGACCCUGUGGCGCCCAAGGCAGAGAAGGAGACCACGACGGGCAGCGAACGCGCCGCAGAGCAAACGCGGCUGCAGCGCCAGAUGAGACGCGACCCCCACGAGAUGCUCCACAACAAGCAGGCCUUCGUCAUCGAGUUCUUUGAGGACACGCCACGGAAGAAGCGGUCGCAGUCCUUCACGCACAGCGCUCACUCCUCCCAGAGCGACACCGAUCCGGGGCUGAAGGCCAAGGUUGAGAAGCGCAAGGGCGCGUUGCCCACGGAGAAGCCGGGAAAUGCAGCGCCCUCAUCCCACCUUGGGGGUCAGGCGGGCAAACCGGCUAACAGCUCCUCUGGGACGCAAAGAACUGGUUCCUUCAAGAGGGAGAAGACCGAGGAUAGGAUCAACUCUUCCUCCUCCUCCGCUUCCAAAUCAUCAACCAAAACUUACGGCAGCGUUGGGAGGAAGUCUAAAAUGGCUCAGGAUUUUAUGGCUGAGUAUUUGCGGGAGACUGCUCAGUCCGGGAAGCCAAGUGCUGAGAAACCAGUACCUCUGCCCAUGCCCGUAGCUCCCCGGGUGGUUAUAUCAUCAGAACCAGAAUCUGCCACUGCUCCACCUCCCGAGGUCAAGUCAGCCCAGGCCAGGAGGAACGAUGAGGAAGACAGCGUGAGUGAGACGGGGACGUACACCAUCGAGACAGAGUCACAGGAUAAAGAGGUGGAGGAAGCACGAAAAAUGAUAGAUCAGGUUUUUGGUGUUCUCGAGUCACCUGAGUUUUCCAGAAUAUCUUCAGCCUUUAGACCAGUAAUAAAAGGUGAAAAAGACGACUCUGGUUCUCAUCAGCAUCUAAUCAGUGAAAAUGGCACUAGUCAGAAGUCGCCCUUGCUUCAGGCAUUUGCCUCCAAAACUAUGAGUGGGUCUCAGGCAGAAACGCAGAUGUCAGCGGCAUCUCAAGGGAGUCAGAAGUGGGUGUCUAGGUGGGCAAGCCUUGCAGACAGUUACUCUGACUCUGGAUCUGUUUCUGGGCAGGGUGACGGUGGUACAGAAAGUGGUGCAGCCCCAAAACCCGGGGAACCAGAGAACAUUGUGCCCUCGAGAACAAGGCGCCUUCUUCCCCAACUCCCACCAAGCGAUAAAUCGGACAGCCCCACUCCGACGGUUGUGAUUUGUCAGGAGUCCUACACCGAGGUUACCAAGAGAAGCAUCGUAAAGGAUCACUGCGUGGAAGCCUACGGCGAUCCCAACGGCCGGCUCUUCAUCCAAGAAGACUUGGAUCCAGAUAGCCUCAGCGAUGCCAGUAGAUCUGACGAUGGCUUCAGUACAGAAAAAGGCAGGAAAUAUAAAGAGAACAAUAAAAUGCUAGAGCAGAUGGGGGAAGAUGCAAAAAUUGAGAGCCGGCAGCCAGGAGCCCCCCGGGUCUCAAAUAUGAGAGCUGUAAGUGAGCCAGUUGCUGCUUCCUUCUACAUUGGUGAUGACAGCAACGAUGUGGGGAUCCCUUCCAAGCUCUCUUUGAGCAUGUCCUGUGCUCGAGCAGACAAAGAAGGCAAGGAGCAGGAGUUUUCCUUCAAGGCUGCUGUUGCACCUAUUUCUGGAAAGCCACCGGUCAAAGAUGUUAACGCUUACAUUAAUGCAGCAGGAAAAAUGGUUAUUUCCCUUCAUCAGAAUCUUCCUCAAGACCAGGAAAACAUGGCAGGGAAGGAAACAUCAUCUUUUGUUAGACAGGAAAGUUUUACCAAAGAUAAAUCAAGCAGUGCCGUUCCUCAAAAUAAACUUCCACAUAUUUCAAGUCACCCUCUGCUUAAAGAUUUAGAGGCUGUUCGGUCAACCCGUAUGGACUUCGGUCAGGACACUCAUCUUCUCCUCAAGGACACUGAAACUGCCUUGGCAGCCCUGGAAGCCAAGUUACUUAGUCAAAGCCAACAGCUGGAGUCCUCGGAUACUGCUGGUCAGCUGGAGGACUCCUUGUCUGGGGACUCUGAUGUGGACACAGCCAGCACAGUCAGCCUGGUGAGUGGCAAAAACGUCCCCACAAGUGCCCCGAAACGCAAAGCGGUUGCCAGUUUGCAGAAGGAGAAAUCUUCCUCCACGCCAUCCAUCCAGGACCAGUGCGGGCAGCCCAGCGCUCGGGACAGGUUGACGGAAAAGCGGAAGACGCAGGUGCCGGAGGCAGCAAGCCGAGUAGAGGCAACCAAACGCUUCCAAAUGAAGCGCAGUGCCGGGGCUCGAGGGUCCCUCGAUUUUACAGACGAUGAGAGAAGCUCGAGCCUGCCCUACCUGCCGGUCCCCGAGGCGGUGGCCUCUGACCAGGAGCACUCAGUAGCCAGACCGGUUCCGAGAAGGAAACCUUUCGCUCAGGCUGCUAAAGAGGAUCAGAGCAAAACAACAUCGAACGUGCAGAAGAUCCAGCAAGUCCUCACCCGCUCCAACAGCUUGUCCACCCCACGGCCCACGAGGGCCUCCAAGCUGCGUCGCGCCCGGCUGGGCGACGCUUCGGACAACGAGUGUGCUGACACCGAGAAAACAACCUCCAACGCCGAAGCGGCCACAGGGUCCAAGCAAUCCACGGAGACGAAGAAGCUUUCCCGGCUCGACAUCCUCGCCAUGCCGAGGAAACGGGCCGGUUCGUUUACGGUGCCGAGCGACUCCGAGACGGCACAACCGAGGACGGGCUUUUCGGGGCGCAGCGUGGAAGCCUACCGGAAAACGGGGAUUUCGGAGGUCAGAGCCGCAGCGAGGAAAACGGCAGCGGCCGCCUCGGCGAAGCAGCCGUUCAGCAGAACCCGCUCCAGCAGCGUCAAGUAUUCCUCCUCUUCCACAUCAAGGCGGCGACCACAGGGUUCAGAUUACACUUCUACUUCGGAGGAAGAAUAUGGCUCAAAUCACAGCUCCCCUAAACACAAACGCUCCCAUACUUCAACAGCCACACAGACACCAAGGAUACGUGGUCCUGGCUUGAGCAAGCAGAAACACAACAGCAGAGAAACAGAUGAUGAUGAAGACUUUGAUGAUCAUCCGGAUCCCUACAACUUCAUUGCACAAACUGCAGAGAUAGCAGAAAUAGCCAGAUUAAGCCAGACCUUGGUGAAGGAUGUGGCCAUCCUUGCUCGAGAGAUUCACGACGUUGCUGGAGACGGCGACUCGCAGAGUUCGUCGGGGACGGGGCCAAGCACCUCCCUCAGCUCGGUGCCCAACACUCCUGCGUCCACCAUCUCGGCGAGGGAAGAGAUUGCUCGUAGAUCUUUUCGGCUGGCAUAUCCAUCUCAGUUGGUGCAGCACAUUCCAGAAGCAAGUCUGAACUACCAGAAAGUGCCUCCGGGAUCAGUAGACCUGAAGGAUUUUGACCAAAAUAUGAAUGAUAAUAGAGAAGAGGAUCCCUCAAGAAAAACAAGGACAAGAAACCGUGAGGAGGUAAUCUUUGACAACCUUAUGCUGAACCCAGUGUCCCAGUUAUCCCAUGCAAUCCGUGAAAAUACUGAAAACCUAGCUGAAAAAAUGAAGAUUCUGUUUCAGAACUCAGAAAGGACCUGGGAAGAGAUGGAAGCCAAAAUUAAUUCAGAAAAUGAAGUGCCAAUUUUGAAAACAUCAAACAAGGAGAUCAGUUCUAUCCUGAAGGAGCUCAGGAGAGUUCAAAAACAACUUGAAGUCAUAAAUGCUGUCAUUGACCCUACUGGAAACUUGGAUGUGGUUGCCAGUAACAAAGCAUCUUCUGCUGCUAAGCAAUCUACAGCCACUAAAGUCAGGACUGCUAACACUUCUGGGUCCACACUGCAGACAUUGUCCCCAGCGCAGAUGAGAAACUACACACAGAAAUCGAACUGUGGUUCCUCUAGCUUACAGGAUUCAAACUUCAUUCCAGAUGGAGAGAAAUAUGUGAUCUGAUACAGUAUUUUGUAUUGCUAUCAUAUUGUAAUCUACUGUUGCAUUAGUACUGUGUGUGAGUGGUUUGUGGACAGUUGUGUGGAGCAGUUGUUUAGAUUGCUAACACAUUGCACAAAAAAAAAAAUCUAUGCUGUGAGGGUGAAUGGCAAAGGCUGGGUAUGCCUUUAAAGAAGACUAGCACUGUGGAGCAGCACACAUUCAGCAUAGAGGCAAACUGAUAUUUAGAAGGUUACUCAACUUAUUCUUCCAGAGUGCCAUAAGAAAACAGGCUUUAUCCUCCAGUCGCUACUGCCGAAGCUAAAGUGUUCUUGCAUUAGCCUGUUUAUAAUUAUUCAGUUGUAAUGAGGCGUGAUUUAAAAA